CAUUCAUUCAUAAGGCGGAUCACGUGGGUCCAGUGUGGCUGUGCUUUUAGGCAGGUGUUUGUUCGGCCCUCCGACCGAUAGGGGGCGCUGUGUCGGUGGUGUGCGGAAAGUCAGGUGGACAGAUGAAGGCGGAUCUGUAGUUGGGUCCUCUCUGGCUGUGUGUGCAUCGGACAGGUGAGUUUAUGUAUUCCGUGUCUUCCUCUAUCAGAGUCGGGGCUCUGAUAAUAGCUGGCAUUGCUGUCGUGGUGUGUAUGUCUCCUGUUCUGCUGAGGCUUAUAGGAUUGCGAGCAUUCUCAAUGGCCACCGAGGCCUAUGCGUCUGGAUCCCUCUCUGCUGCUUAUGUCACUUGUCCUAAUGACAAAGUGGCCAAAGACAUUGCCAGGGGUCUGGUGGAGAAGAAGCUGGCAGCCUGUGUGAACAUUAUACCACAGAUCACCUCCAUAUAUGAAUGGAAAGGGAAGAUCGAGGAGGACAGUGAGGUCUUACUGAUGAUUAAGACCAGGUCAUCCAAAGUUCCAUCUCUAACGGAAUAUGUCAGGUCUGUCCAUCCAUAUGAAGUGUGUGAGGUGAUCAGCGUCCCCAUAGACCAGGGGAACCCUCCGUACCUCUCAUGGGUUGAAGAUGCGGUGCCAAAAUGAGACUUUGAUAUCUCCACCGUCACUGUGUGAUGAUCUAAAAGGGUCAGUCCUCCCCGAAGUGAUGGCUGGAGGCGGAGCUUUGUGGGCCAAUUCAACCCCUGACUUCUUAUAUGUUUUGAAUGCAUCAAUUGUUUCUGCCAUGGUUCCUGGCUCUGUUUCUUGGAGUUGUGUGUGUUUUUAGCUCCUCCUGUUACAUUCACUAUAUUAUGAAAUGAAUAUAAAAUCCAGCAUGGAGGGUGAGAGCCGCUAGUAAUGGGCACAGCAGGUAAGCAGACCAAAGAACUCAGAGAUCACACUAACUUAGAUUUAGGAAAAAAUCUGAAAGUUUAACUCCUCAGCAUCUACCAAAAAAUACAAAUAUCACUUUUUGGCUGGACUGACCCUUUAAGGAAUGAUGUCAUCAGAUGUCAGAAUUAUAUUAAAGUGUUUACAAUUACAAAUA